UGGGACACGAUAUCACAUCCGACCUUUUGUACUGUUAUGUAGCAGCCAUGAUUACGUCGAAGCGGGUUGCUCUUGUUGUAGUUGCCAUUCUUACGAUACUUUUCUUCCUCCAUAGCUUACGAUCCUCCUCACCUCAGCAUUCACCCUCCGAUCAAUUGCCUAAGUUUGUAACAUCAACCCGGAGCUCAGCUUCACAACUCAAGGAAGACUUACGUGCCUCCAUGGUAGAAGCGUCUCGAUUUGCAACAGGGAAGGGUAGUGCGGCAGAGUCGCUCAAGUUAUCUUCUCUUCAGAAUCCUUUGAAGGGGCUUGGCACGAGGUCGCUCCGUGAACAGCUUGAAUAUCAAUUUCCAUACGAUCCGCAAUCUAACUUCCCGGCAUACAUUUGGCAGACAUGGAAGCACGACCCGUCGGAGGUGUCCUUCGAGGAAGAAUUCAGAGAGAACGAAAUUAGCUGGACCCAAUUGCACCCAGGCUUCGUACACGAGGUCAUAACGGAUGAUAUCGCGGUGCACUUGUUGCGCCAUCUGUAUGCAUCCUUGCCAGAUGUAUUGGCUGCCUAUCAUGCCCUGCCACUCCCAAUACUCAAGGCUGACUUCUUCCGGUACCUAAUUCUACUUGCACGCGGCGGUAUCUACUCUGACAUUGAUACUGCUGCGCUCAAGCCUGCGACGGACUGGGUUCCUGCUAAGAUUCCAAGAGAUUCCUUCGGUAUGAUCAUAGGUAUCGAGGCCGACCCGGAUCGAGACGAUUGGGCGGAUUGGUACUCCCGGAGAAUACAAUUUUGUCAAUGGACGAUACAAUCAAAGCCUGGUCAUCCUAUACUUCGUGAUGUCGUAGCCAACAUUACGGAAGAGACUCUUCUUCGCAGAGAUCGAGGCCGGCUCUCCAGAGACCACAGAGGCAUAGUCGACUUCACUGGCCCUGCGCUAUGGACUGAUAUCAUCUUCAAGUACUUCAACAAUCCGAGCGUUUUCGAUAUGAGCACGAGCCAGGGCAGCGUAACGUGGCAACAUUUCACGAGGAUUACGAGCGCAAAGAAAGUUGGCGACGUAAUCGUGCUACCCAUUACGAGCUUCUCGCCUGGUGUAAAACAAAUGGGUGCCGGAGAAGAUGACGAUGAUAUGGCAUUCGUUAAGCAUCACUUCGAAGGCACUUUAGACGACCCUUUUACGCCGGAAUCACUCGAUACUAUUAAUAUUCUCGCUUAG